CUCUCAACAGAGGUCUGAGCUGGAUCUGCAGGUUCUGGGUGGAGGGUGGUGAGCGAUUCUGAAGGCGAGGACGGGGGUUGCUGAGACCUCCUCUCAGGCAAAAUGAGGCGCGAAGCCAAAAAGCUCCGAAAACGCGGGAAAAUCCGGAGUUCGGGCUGGAGUCAAGCGUCCCUGUGGUCUCCAGAGCGACUCCCUUGGGAAUAUUCCAUGCAGGCUCUGAGAGAAGCGGUCAGGUCUAGCCUGGGAGUCUGCAGCCUUUGAACCCCGAGCUCUCGGCCACCCGGUGUUCCCUUGGAGAAGCCACCUCACAUUUCUGUGCUCCCUCAUUUUCUCACCUUCUUCUGGAGCCCUAUUGUUGCCAACAAAUCUUGGCUCUCUGUGCACCGAUGCUGAACAGAAAUACGAGACAGAUUUUAGAGGAUAAGAGAGAUGGCUUUAUUCCUCUGCCAGGCAGAAGGGAAGACACAGCAGGCUAGCGCCUCAAGAACUGUGUGCUCCCCCACCCCCAAACGGAGAUUUUAUAUGUGGGGCUCGCAGUCCCCGGUAUAUGAUAAGGAUCAAAGUAGUGAAGGUCUCGCAUUCUUUUUCUCCUUGCAUUUCAAAACAGUCACAGCUGGCAUUAGGCAGUCCGGUAAUUGGGUCCCUUUGUCUCUGGUUUAUCUGCCUACGACCUUCUUUCUGAAAUGCAAAAGCUACAGGGGGUGAUUUGUUACCAGGGGGCGCAGGGAAUAUAAACACCAGGACCACGAUGUAAUUUACAUGAAGUUUGGGGUUGAUAGGCCCAGGAUGUAACUCACACAGCGUUAGCGUGAUAGGUACAGGAUGUAAUUUACAUAGUGUUAGGGAGUGAGGUUAGCUUUGUGAAGGACAAAUCUAGUUACAGACAUUACAGAUUAGUAACAGUUAAAAUAAAACUAGGAUUGAUUAACUCUUUCAGGCCUGUUUAUGCUGUUUCCCCAGGCUGUUCAUUGUUACUUUAUUUUCCUUGUCUAUCAGAAAAGUCUAAUUUCUAUUUUUGCUGCAACAAUGGGGACAGAAAGUUUAAUCUAUUUUGUUCCUUGCUAUAUUCCUAGUACCUGGUACAUAGUAGGCCCUCAAAUAUUUACUGAAUGAAUGAAUGUGCAAGGUAGGAAUUGCCAUUGUCCCCAUUUUCUGGAUGAGAAGACUGUGGCUCAGAGAGGAAGAUUCAUUGCUCAUGGUCAAGUCACUUAGUCAGGGUCGGAGCCAGGAUUCAAACCCAAGGAUACCUGAUCUCAAUGCCAGGCUCUUGGCUUCCAUGGGCGCCCAGAGUCAGGAAGAAGGUGGUUCCCCCUGGGUCUGGCCAGAUCAUAUCAGUCAUGCUUUGGUGAGACCAGGGUGGGGUGGGCCCUGAGAUGAUAUCAGUGGGCCCAGGCCCAUCUGUAAGGACCUGGAGUCAAAGUGGGGAGACUGAUGUUUAAAUUACCAUGGCAAUACUAGAUGAUCAGGAGUGCUUUACAGAGGAGGUGAUGGUGCCGUUUUGAAGGCUGAGCUGGAAUUUGCUGGGGAUGAUAAGGGCAUCUCAGGCAGAGGGAAUGGUUUGAACAAAGGCCUGGAGGUGGAAAAGAAUGUGCUGUUUGUCUUGGAUGACUGAGAACUGAGACGUAUGAACUGUGUGAAAUGUAACUCAUUUUGAUGCUCCACUCCUAAAUAUAUCAAUGUGCAUCUCUGAAAAUAAGAGUAUUUUCCUAUAUGGCUAGAUUAUCAUGAUUACAUUUAAUAAAUUAAUCAUAAUCCUAUAAUGUUGACUGCUGUCCAGUUGAUAGACAAAUUGUUCCAGCUGUCCCCCAGAUGUCCUCUAUAGCAAGUUUGUCUAGACCAGGAUCUUCCAGGAUAUCACACUGUACCUGCAUAUCCUUUAACUCCUUUUUAAUCUGGGGCAUCCCAUUUUUCAAGAUGCAGAGUGAUCCUCUGAGUGGUACUAAGUGGCUCCCACCUGAGUUUGAGGAGUUUGGGCAGGGGGCCAAGCAGAUGUAGGGAGUUGGGGGCAUUGUUCUGCUUGUGUCUGUGGUAUAAGGAAGGACCCUUCUAGCCCUGGCCAGCUGGAGGAGGCCGAGGGUCUCUUUAUUCAGGGGAAAGAGACAUGACUUUGGAGGAGGUGGGGCAGAGAGCUUGCUGGGGCCAGGAUGAGGGCCCUGCCCACAGCUAGGCAUUGUGAAAAUAAGCCAUUCAGUGUGGCCACCACUACAGUAACACUGCUGUCACUUGAUCACAUUUUUUAUUUGACUUAUUUUUCGAAAAUUAGGUAGCAUAUUCACAAAAGGCAUAAAAAGUUAGAACUUUUUAGAAGUUUACACACCUUGCUCUAACCAAGCAUAGAGCACGUAUAGAGCCACCUUGUUCUUGUACAGCUGUGUGGUAUUCAUGCCACUGACUGCUGGGUCCAUUAUUUGUUUACCCAGUAGCCCCCUGUGGAUGGACUCAUGUUUGCUCCCAGUCUUCUGCUGUUUCAAGCAAGCCUCACAGAUACUCAUAUGAAAACAAUAUGGGACUCCAGUUGUCUCAAGGAGGCUGCCAAAGAUUUUUAGACCUUGUAGCCUGCUAUGGAGCCAAAGUCCGGGCCCCUCACGCACUGGUCAUGACCUUUCUCUUCCGGAGUGGCAGCCUCCGGGAGAAGCUGUGGGCUAUCCUGCAGGCCACGUACACUCACUCCUGGAACCUGGCCAGCUUUGUGUUCACUUACAAGGGACUCUGCGCCCUGCAGUCCCACCUCCAGGGCGACACCUACCAGGUGCACUCAUUCGUGGCUGCCUUCCUUGGGGGCAUCCUGGUGUUUGGAAACAACAAUAACAUCAACAGCCAGAUCAACAUGUACCUGAUGUCACGCCUCCUGUUUGCCCUGUGCCGCCUGGGCGUGGGGAAGGGCUACAUCCCUGAGCCCAGGUGGGACCCGUUCCCGUUGUUCACCGGGAUAAUGUGGGGGCUGAUGCUGUGGCUCUUCGAGUACCACCGGCCCACGCUGCAGCCCUCUCUGCAGUCCUCCAUGACCUACCUGUACGAGGACAGCAACGUGUGGCACGACCUCUCGGACUUCCUCAUCUACAGCAAGAGGCGCCCCUCCGAGUAACUUGGCCCCAAGGUGCUCAUGGAGGCUCCCGCACCCAAGUCACCAUCAGCGGGCUCAGCUCGAGGUUGGCUCCAUCAGCGAAUCGUCCCAGGGGAUCUGGCCUUUUCAAGACCCGGGGUCUCAGACUCUAACUUUUAUUAGCCCGGGGUUCCAUCUGCCUAAGCGAAAGCACUGAUUUUCAGACCCCAUUAGGUACUCUUGAAUGGCGGAACGAGCCGCCAGAUCAGGCUGAGGAGCCUUGGGCGCGGUGACAGCUGUGCUGCUGACUCUGUGAGACCAGGGAAGGUCACACCCCACCCUGGGCCUCAGGGGUCAUCGCACUCAGAGGAGGGCACUGAAGUCUCUUUCUGGUGGGUAUGUUUUCCGACCCUUCUUCUGGAACAGAGGGCUCCUGGCUGGUGGGCAGUGGGUUGCAAACGCGUUUUUAGAAAAUAUGCAGUUCCUCAUCUUGGGUGUUCUACUGGAGAAGCUCUAGCGUUUCCGCUGUCCAAUAGAAACACGAUGUGAGUCAUAUACGUGAUUGAAAUUUUUUUAGUAGCCACAUUCCAGUGGUUAGGACUCCGAGCUUUCACUGCCGAGGGCACGGGUUCAAUCCCUGGUUGGGGAACUAAGAUCCCACAAGUCGUGGGGUGUGGCCAAAAAAAAAAGUGGGGGGGCAAGAAGCAGGUGAGAUUAACGUUAAUCAUAUCUUUUAACCCAGUAUUUCUAAAAUAUUAUCAUUUUAACAUGUAAUAAAUGUAAAAGUUAUGAGAUA